AUGGCUCAUCGGCUGACUCGCUCCCACAAGUUCACUGACCGUGACCACGCCGGCAUUGCUGAUGGCACUGCCGAGCGUGAAACGAGACUUCCCAAGUUCUUUGGCAAGUCUGGCCAUGCUGACACCGACCCUACCAAGACGAAGAAGGGUGGUAGUGGCAAGGGCAAUUGGGGCGCCGCCGGCGAUGAGGUCGAAGACAUCAGGCCCAACAUGGCCUACGCCCGUCGUCGAAGCAACUCGUCCACCCACAACAUGAAGGACUUCAAAACCAAGUUCGAGACCAUUGAGACCGAGCCCGUCUUUGAAGAGGAGAUUCACGGUCCUCUCGGCGAAGAGCUCGAAAAGCAGAGCACCACCUCAACCGAGAACAGCAUUGCUGAGGAGGAACACGACAAGAAGAUGUAA